AUGAAGGUCAAGCAACGAUCCGUCUGCCAAACAUGUAGAACACGAAAAUUAGGGUGCGAUGGCAAGCGUCCGGAGUGCAGCCAGUGCGUCCUUACAGGACGACGAUGCGAUGGAUACCAGUCCGAUUGGACGUUUGUAUUGCAGAAUGAUCAUUCUUCGAGGCUGCCAUCCGUGUCAAAGCAGCGAGCUAUCCGGAUGAUGAUGCCUCAAGGGAAACGCGAAGUGAAUGUGCCUCUUUCUCUUUCUAGUCUUCCUAGGAAUCGAUAUCAAGUCACAAGUGCCGGCGUUGAAUCAAGCUUUGUACCGGGGCUAGUCCUAAAUCCUACGCGACCACCGUGGGAUGAUCUCCUGGGACUGGUAGUGGAGUGUUAUAUCCCGGAAGACGAAAUGACCUCUAUAACAGACUUCACUGACAGCAAGCAAUCUCGAAUUUGCGGCUCCUGGCUGGCAAUCCUUCCGAAAAUUCUUGGGAAAUCUGAUCGUGACUGCGUGCUGCGCGCGACCAUAAAGGCUUUGGCAACUUCGAUCCUAUCCCAUAAUCCUCAAAUGGGCGGAUCCGCUCUCGACUCUGUCGAGAGCUAUGACGUGGCGAUUCAAGCCGUUAGGAAAGGGCUUACUGUGUCUGGUUAUGCCUUUCAUGCUGUGUUUAUAGCGGCCAUUAUGUGUAUUGCACUGGCCGAGAUUAUGUUCCCGGACUCUGCCAUAGCUUUUGCAGCUCAUGUCAAUGGAAUAGGGCACUUAUUACAAACUCAAAAUGUGGAGCAGUAUUGUUCAGGGGUGUUCCAUGCGCUAUUUGUCGGCUUCCGUCCUAUACUGAUAGUUGAGGCGUUUCGAUAUCGUCAACCUACAUUUCUUGCUUCUGAUUCUUGGAUUCGCAUACCGUUCUCCGCUCAUAAACCGUCACCCAUGCAAAGCCUUCUUAGCGAGGCAGCCGCUAUUCCGUCUCUCUUACAACAAAUCGACAUGCUACAUGACGAUCCAUGUCAGGGCAGCUCCUAUGGUGUAACCAGAUUGCUCAGAUACCUCAUGGCCGCUCUGAAUAACCUCGAAAAUUGGGAAAUACGCCUCCGAACAGAGAACACGGAACCCCAUUACUGGGCUGUUUCCCUAGACACGCGAGUUACAGAUGCAUCCUCCACUGACAAAUACAUCUGGUUCCCUAACAUCACCAUGGCCAACGUCUACAGUCAUCUCUGGGCAUUCCGCAUCAUUUGCCUAUCUGAAAUCACCAAACUAACAUCUCUAUCCCCUUUAUUUCUUGAUGAAAAUCAAUCAGCGUCGUGGCAAUCUGAUUUCAAUAACACCCAAGAAAAUAUAAUUGCACUUUCGAAACAGAUUUGCAUGAGCAUGGAGUACCUUAUUCAAGACGGAAUGAGACUCUUUGGGCCUGCAUCUACGUUCUUUCCUCUCCAAGCAGCAUAUCGAACAUUCCAAACUGAUAAGCUUCGACAAAGGGAAAGCAUAAUUCGCAUUGAAGGAAUUGUUGAUCGAUUGGUCAAGAAAGGCUUGCAAUCGGCCCCGCAUAUUGUAUUUGAUGGGCGGGACUCUGUACAAACUAUCUAA